CAACUUUCUUAAAAGUCUUUUAAGUAACAUCAAACCAGACAAACAAAAAUCUAAAGAAAUCAACAUGAAGGCUUUCAUUACUUUAGCUGUUGUUUGCUUCAUUGCCGCAACUUUGGCCAAUCCUUUAGAAUUGAGCGAAGAACAAAAAGCCAAAGCUAAGGUACACUUCCAAGAAUGUGUUCAACAAGAAAAUGUUUCCGAAGAAGAAGCCACCAGAUUGCGUAACAAGGACUUUGCUAAUCCCUCGGCUGCCAUGAAAUGUUUUGGUACUUGUUUCUUUGAAAAGGUCGGUACCUUGAAGGACAGUCAAGUUCAAGAAGAAGUUGUUUUGGCUAAAUUGGGUGCUUUGAUUGGUGAAGAAAAGACCAAGGAAGUUUUACAUAAAUGCAAGGAUAUCAAGGGUGAAGAUCGUUGUGAUACCGGUUUCAAAGUCUAUGAAUGUUUUGAAAGCUUCAAAGCUGAAUUAACUGCUUAAGCAAAACAAAUGUAUUAUUUUCAAAAAAAUCAAGCAAAAUUUUAUUUAUUUAAAAUAAAUUAUUAAAAAUAUAA